GCGCCAUUCAAAGAAAUGUUCACCGGAUAGGUUGGGAAUGCUGGAUCGGUCAGCUGUCUUAAAUAAACAUGGCAGCGUUGAAUAGCCGGGUCGAGGAGUUGACAAGUUAUUUUAAAACACAUAACAAAAUCAAAGAGCAACAAAGCCACUCGGCAAAGGUUCACAGCGUUGGCUGGAGUUGCGACGGAAGGCUCUUGGCGUCCGGCUCGUUCGACAAGUGUGUCUGUAUUUUUUCUCUUGGAACCGAUCGUUUGAAACAAGAGACAACGUUCCGCGGACAUGGAGGAAGCGUGGAUCAAUUAUGUUGGCACUCAUUUCACCCUGAGCUACUAUCAACCGCAAGUGGAGACAAAACCAUGCGUAUAUGGGACACAAGGUCUCAAAAAUGCACAGCAAAUAUUGCGACACGGGGUGAAAACAUAAAUAUAUCUUGGUCACCUGAUGGUAACACAAUAGCAGUUGGCAACAAGGAGGAUUUGGUGACAUUCAUUGAUGCAAGAGUAAUGAAAAUUCGUGCCGAGGAACAAUUCAACUUUGAAGUUAACGAAAUAUCUUGGAACAAAGAUUCGGACACAUUUUAUCUUACAAAUGGUCAGGGAUGUGUUCAUAUUCUAAGCUAUCCGGACCUGGAAUUACUACAUGUAAUCAAAGCUCAUCCAGGGACUUGCAUUUGCAUUGAAUUUGACCCUACUGGUCGUUACUUUGCAACAGGAUCGGCCGAUGCUUUAGUGUCGCUGUGGGAUGCUGAUGAAUUGUGUUGCCUAAGGACAUUUUCUCGAUUAGAAUGGCCUGUUAGAACCAUUUCAUUCUCUCAUGAUGGACAACUCUUAGCAGCUGCCUCUGAAGACUUGGUCAUAGACAUUGGAGAAGUAGAAACGGGAGAAAAAGUUGCAGAUAUACCAGUUGAAGCUGCAACAUUUACAGUUGCGUGGCAUCCAAAACAAUAUUUACUUGCAUAUGCGUGUGACGAUAAAGACACUUAUGAUAGAAAAAGGGAUGCUGGAAGCUUGAAAGUUUUCGGAUUUUCAAGUGAAUAAAACUGGAUCUUACCAUAUUGACUGCUUUUCGUCACAGUUUCUUUGAAUGGGAUUUGUGGGUUAUUUUGCUUUAAUGCUAUGUUCAUUACCUCAAAAGCACUGUAAACGCCUGUAUGUUCUCCAUAUAGAAUAUUCGGUAAUUUUAGAAGUGAAAAUUACUUUUCUUACAAAGGCAAAGCCAGGUAAGAAGAUGAAUAUUGCCUCUACUCAAAACCGAUCCUUCUGUAAGUUGUUUAUUUUUCUUUCCUUAAACACUUCGAAGCUCAUAAGAAAAUAUCGAUUACACUAGUUCGAAUGUUUAAAAAAUUAGUUUGGAAACAAAUAAGUCUUUAAGUGUGACAAUC